AUGUCAGUGGAAGAGGCCAAGAACCAACCUAGCAAUGAACCUGGACACAUGAUAAUGAACCAUCAUCCCAAUACAACAACUGGAUAUGAUCAUGAUUUCCCCCCGUCGUGUUCAAGGACAAAUUUGACUGGACACUAUAACACAGAGGACGGAGCUAUCAGAUCUGUAAACGAAAAAGUCAAUCCAGCAUAUCCACCAAAUCCACUAGCUAUCUCCAUCACUGGCACAGACAGUCCAAGCAUUGGGGGAGAACGGGCUGGGAAAGACACCAAGAACUCUGACAAUACUGUUUACACCAUGGAACCGGGCAGUGCAGAAAGCAAUGCUAUAUAUCCAGCAAACAAUGGGAAUCCAGACUGGUCCACCAGCAUAUUGAAAGACAAAGAACUGAACGCCUUGUACCCCAGGCGAGUUGCUGAUUCAGAAGAAAGUUUUCCUGGCAAGAACUCUGCACGCACUGGAGACGAAUCACAACUGGAAGAGGGUACGGAUGUUGGAACUGAGCACAUAACUGGCUGUGCAAUUCAGCCGAAUCUUGAAGCCGUAUAUAACAACAUCGCAGAAAUGUCUGUCGAAAACAAUCAUUACGACACAGGCUUUACUCCGAAUGCCCCUUCAAGUACAAACGUAUUAGAUCUUUCUUCAUCCAGUGAAGAAGCAAAGGCAAAAUGCGAUGCUGGGACAAGAAAACUACCAAAUGACAAUCAAGCAAAACGCUAUCAAUAUCCAUUAACAAACACUACUGGAACUGGUGAAAGAUCGCAGUCUGACACUGUCCCCACCAGAGGAAAUACUGUAUAUGAGAUUGAGAGUAGGCAUGAUGAUAUCAUUGAUGGUACUACUCUACCAUCAUCCAAUGAAAAAGCGAUCAAACAACAGAAUGCAGAGACAAGAAAACGAUUGGAAGUCAGCUUCAAGCAAGCAAAACAUGCUCUGAAUCCAAACACCAGCAGAGCUGGUGAAAGAUCUCAGUUUGACACCACCAAUACUGGAUAUGAGAGCAGGCGUAACAAUAUCUCUGACGACGAUACUAUUAAACCGUAUGCUGUUGUGUACAACACAGAAGCAAACCCUUCUGAGAGUGUCAGGAGCAACACUGGUGCAAGUCACCCUCGGAAUCCCAAAGCUUUUUCAAAUCCUAUGUACGGAGCAGACGUCCUCAAGCAAGCAACUGAUGGUGACAGAAGUGAUGCUACUGACGUUCAGAAGCCUCCGAAUCCUCCAGACACAUCUGGUUUGAAUCCAACAUACAGAAAUGCUCACAAACAGGCAGAUGGGACCAAAGACAAAGCUGGCAAAAUCACUUUCGAUGGGAAGGUAGGAUCGGACGACUUUGUCCUGCCAUAUGGACUGGACAUAUCCCCCGGAAAUGAGAUAUUCGUGACUGAGCAAAUGAAGAAACAAAUUCUGAUCUACAACACAAAGGGCAUUUUUCUCCAUAGCUUUUCCACAGGGAAGUAUCCAUGGGAUGUUUCUGCUGACAAGGAUGGUAACAUGUGGGUGAUGUUAGGAAACAGGAAUGACGCUAGUCUCCAUAAAUACUGUAGGAAUGGCCUGUUGCUCACCCAGUUUAACUUGCCUUGUAGAGAGAAAACAGGCAUGUAUACGUCUAUUACACUGGACACUCUUUCUGACAACAUCAUAGUGACUCUGAUGAGGACAGAAGACCCGCCUCGGUGGGCAUGGAAUGAUCACAAAGGAAUAUCAAUAUUCAACCCAGGUGGACGGUUGGUUGAAAGAUUUGGACGCCCCGAUUUGACGUACCCAAAUUCAGUUUCAGUGGACAAGAAAGGUAACAUCUUUGUCGUUGACGGGAAGAAUUUCUAUGUGUACAAAUUUGACAUGAAUGGGAAUUAUCGCUUCAAAUUUGGUGGCCAGGGAAGUGAAGAGGGUAAACUGAAAACACCAAUGGGCAGUUGUAUAGACGGAUCAGGUCGCUUGCUUGUGGCUGACAACAGGAACAACAGGGUAGAGAUGUUCAGUACUGAUACUGGCGAGCAUAUCCGCACUGUUGUCAAAAUUUUCCAACCUAGGUUUCUUGCUAUUGGCAAAAGGGGCGAACUGGUUGUAAGCAAUGAUGAUAACAUUGUAACUAUUUUCACCAAGUAUUAA